AUCUAUUCUAGUUCCAUUAGUUGGGGGAAGAGGUCGUUUCCGAACUAAAAUGUGCGCUCAGUUAGAAGAAAUUGGCUUGCCAGACAUCCAGGGGUUCCAGGGACUCUACAAACAGAACUGGCCCAAAUACUGCCAGGAGUACUACUGUCUGGAUAACUUCAUAGAGUUCUUAACCACACAGCCCCACAUGAAGCACUUGCACAUGUACACCUUGGACACAAAGCAAGCCAGAGAUGAGGGUCUCUUUGUCAUUGUGGAUCGCUAUCAACUGUUUGUGGGCAGUUUGAACAACACAAACGGCCUUGUCAGAAGAGCUUUGGAUUUGCUGGACUGGUCAUCGGGUUUGAAGGGCAGUUCCAUUCCCUCCAGGCACGUUGAUGCCCUGGAUAGCAUUGUCGAGUCCAAGAAGUUGAAGCUGCUGUUCAGGGAUGGCACGGAUCUGUUUUAUAUGAAAGCGGAGGACGCUCUCAAGCUGAGGGUCGAACCCCCUGCUGGGUUUGUCCUUAAGUCUCUGGGUGUGGCAGACGCCCCUCUGGUUGACCGAGAGUGGCCCAAUCGUCAUUCGGGAUCUCUUUACUUUAUAGAGAGACAGAUUCGCAUGUGCGUCAGUGCUGGAUUGUAUCGGGAAGAUAGCAACGAACUGGUUGCCUGGUGCAUCAGAUUACAAGGCGGCUACUUGGGAGCUCUACAAGUCAAAGACUCUUAUAAACGUCGCGGAUUUGGCAGUGUUGUGACUAGAGAAAUCUCGUACCGCCUUGCCGCCCACGGUCACGACGUCAUGGCCCUUGUAGGCCACUCAAAUAAACCGUCCUUCGGAAUGUUCAGCAAGCUCGGCUUCCAAAUCAUCGACCAAUGCCUUUGGCUGAGGACGCAAGCCACCAAGGGAGAUGGCAGCUGGCCCGAGGGCGAGUAGAGUUGGUGUUUAAAUAUCUGUAUUAAAAUAUUACGACUAUCGUUUGUAUAUGAAUACAAGUUUGGUAUAAAAAUA